ACAGCAACUACGCAAACAUUCAAUUGAGAGGAGGCAUAACGUAGUGAAGCGUUGAACUAUCAUUUGAGAUGUUAUAGAAUUCCAAUCAAAAUGGAGUUUCCCAAAAGGGUUGUUGCGCAACUUUACGGAUCAAAUGGUACAUUCUUUGCUUUGCUAGCACUCCAGAGAUAUAUUGACAAGCUAUAGGUCCUGUCCAUGCCAUAACAUAUUCCAGCUCUCCAUCAACAUAUAUCCUUACCGGCUCCUCGGACAAAACAGUCAGGCUUUAUAAUCCCACUCGACCGGCAGCCCCUCCGAAUCCUGAUCCUCUCGCACCCCCGAAAGCAACACAGCUCAUCCAAAUCUACUCCGCCCAUGGUUACGAGGUCCUUGAUAUCAGUGUCGCGAAGGAUAAUGCUUCUUUCGCUAGCGUAGGAGGAGACCGUAAUGUUUUUCUCUGGGAUGUGUCGACGGCCAAGACAAUACGCAGAUUAGGUGGGUAUCAUGGGCACACAGCGCGCAUCAAUUGUGUGACGUAUGCUGGAAUUGGAGACUCGCUAUUGGUGUCUGGGGGGUUUGACACUUCAGUCAGAAUUUGGGAUGUCAAGAGCAACAGUUCGAAACCUAUUAUGAUUCUAGAGGAAGCCGGGGAUAGCGUUUCUUGUGUUUUGGCUGGGGGCAAUGGGCAGAAGGAGUGGGAAAUCUGUGCAGGGUGUGUGGAUGGGAGGGUGAGGGUUUAUGAUGUUAGGAUGGGCAAGGUGGAAAUUGAUGUUGUGGGAACAAGUGUUACGAGUCUUGCGAGGACGAGGGAUGGUAAAGGAAUCCUCGCUGGGGGGCUCGACGACUGUAUACGUCUAAUGGAUCGAGACACCGGGGGUUUGUUGAAAGGAUACAGGGACGAGACGUUCAAAAAUGGAGAGUUUCGAAUGCGGAGUGCCUUUGGAGGAAAUGAGAGAUGGAUAUUAUGCGGGAACGAAAAUGUCCAAGGCGAGGACGGACAGGUAGUUGUGUGGGAUACCCUCAGUGGAGAGGUGGCUGAGAGAAUUAGCAUUGAGGGAAGCAAGGUCGAGGCCAAAAAGAAGAUCGGAAGAGAUGGAAAAAUCAAGGAGAGGCAAAAUGUUAUUAGUUGUGUUGCCUGGAAAGACGAAAGCAGGGGUGACCAAUGGUGUUGUGGUGGCACCGAUGGGGUGGUUACUGUUUUUGGGAGAGGAUGAUUGUUAUGAUGAUCAUGGGCGCUCACUCUACAAUAGCAUAUUGCACGCCCUUCUUCGCUCUGUCACUAUUCUUGGAUAGAUAUGCCGGGGAUGGAAGCUGGAGUUUCUGGUUUGGAAGUCCGAAGCGGUGUGUGCGGAUUGUAUGAGAGCUUGGGAAAUGGUGUGAAGGCACAGCUGAAAGAAUCGCCCAACUACGGAUGCCGUCCCCAACUUUCCACUUUCUCGCCCCACCCGAUGCUCCGAUCGUUUCAAACACCAUAACCUGGCGUUGAGAAGCGAUUGUUCUCUCCACAACAGUUCUAUUUCUGGCUAACCAUCGGAUGGAGCCCAAAGAUGGUCACCGAUACUACAGUAAACUGCUCAAAGUGUGGAGCAUCCUAUGAGUUGUCAAUACGGAGCGAGGGAGGCCUCGGCCUUUGAUUGCUAAAACUUACAAAUGGCGUGUUUUGCGGCUCGGAGAUCAGGGACACCAAAAUUCGCUCGUAUAGCUUUGCCAUAUGUUGGCUGCAUAGGUUUACUCUGUUUUCCCAACCUUGAUCACCGCAACGUCCUCAAACAGCAGUAUAUCCGCGCAUGCAGAGGCAGAUCAGCCUCGAAAGAGGGGCAUUGAACUGAACUCAUCUGCUGGAGUAUUAGAGUAUUGGUUUUUCACGAAUCGGAUUGUCUACCCCAUUAUGUGAUUUUUCGCUUGUUUACUCCUUAAGGCGGGUUUCUUAUGGCGAUCUGACGCCGAAGGUAGUCCAUGGCGAGUGAUUCUGCUCGGAACAGGCUGAUAAGAAUGAGAAACCUUGAGACACUUCCCCUGAAGACGCCGAUGGCCUUUGAUACUAAGGAAUUGCCGAUGAAUCGGGCACCACCCCCACAAUGAUACAGAUAGGGCUGACGAGAAGGUGACUGAGGAUGGAGAGGAAUGGAGGGGGUUGGAGAAGGCAGGCUUGAAAAGCUUGCAACCUGCAAGAAUAUCUAGGCUGGGAGCAAGCGGGAAGGAGCUGUUACUCCUGCACAAUUAUCAAGCCUUCCACCACCCAUCAUCUAUUAGCGGAGCUUUUGAUUCAACAACCACAACACCAUUGGUGCACGUUAAGACGGCAAGUAGAUCACAGCGCCUCCCCCACGAUAUCGACUUUCGGCAGGCAGAUCUCAGCGCUUUACCCCGCUAUGUUGAAAUGUCAUUAUUACGCAAGCCUUUGUGGCAAGCACAAGAAGAAAAUAACCUAGAAAAUUAACUUGAAGGCACAUGGAAGGUGUGCAGCCGUUGCGCAGUAUAAGGAUACAAUAACAGAGUAAAGUAUACAGUCACGGAGCUAACGAUGGCGCCUUUACAAUACUCUUUGAGAGCUUUACCAGAUAUCAUUUCAGAGUCUUGGAACGAAUGGCGCCAUCGACCCGAGACGCAUUGUAGCCCAGGAUUUCGCUGUAUAAGUCGUCGAAGGCAGCUGAACAAACAGCUUGUCUGCAGAUCAAUGUUACAUUGGUGUUGUGACUGGCAGUUGAGUUCCGUUCGAUACUAGGCGACAAACUAUUGAACAUGUGUGGUUUUCCUCCGACGAUGAUGAAGCUAUUCCUGGACUACUGAUGGGGAAAUCAUAUUGCAACUCUUUUCCACAACUGGAUCUUGUUAACGAUGAGGGAAGAAAGAUUUAUUUCCAACAAGGGUCUUGGUGCAGUAGGUGUCCAAUUCUUACCGGCUGUAUCCUGAAACGAAGGACGCGCCUGGUUAAAUAUUGCCUUCCCGCACCCCUUGAUACACACCUCCGUUAUCCGAAGGUUGCCUCCAAUAACAAUACAGUUUGGAUGGUGGAAGAAUUGCUCGGUCGGAUGGCGAGGUUGCAAUCAUAUCUUCGCUUUUAGGAUCGCCGACCACCAUUUAAAGCGCGUCGUUGGCGGGAAUCUGAACCCUGGGAAAAGGUUCCACGUGGAAAAAUCCCGAACGGUUGCAGAGUGGCACUGUACUUUCUUGUACAAAGCAUUGCACCAAUCUUACAAAACGCGAAGAAGUUACUUCGAGCUGAAUCUCAAAUAUUUACGCAGACGAUAGCAGUUGCAAUUGUGAUGAGGCUUGUGUAUCAUGGUGUUGUUCGUGGACGAACAGUUGGGCCGUCUUUUUCGUGUGGUAUGAAUGGAAAGACGUACCAUCUUACAUCACUGGCAUCUCUUACAGGCAGUGAUUCUAAAUCCCAAUCUUUCCUGAUCAUGAUGGCAUUUCAACUUUGCGCCCUUUUGGGAAUCCGGCAUCGAAAGAACGGCUUAUAUUCCUUGAGGAUCGUUGCACCCAACCUCCUUUGUCUCGCUAACCAGGCAAGCAUACAAAUGUUCCACGGAAGGAUCUUGUGCAAACCUAUUUGAAUUGCCGGCUUCCAGCCCUGAAUGACCAUGCUUAUUUACAUCCUUGAAGGCGCAUGGCGGCGGAAGCACGAACACUCCUUUUAGGCAUUCAGUACUUUACCGCGUGGUGGCACCCACAUUUUAUAUUAACCAAAUUCAGGGGUAGAUAGAAUAUUUGUUUUGUUAUAUGCAAUGGCUUGUGUAGUGUAAGCCUCACUGUCACGCGACAGAAAUACAACCAUGCAAGCUUACGGCAAGUGCUUGUAGGUUAAACAAGGCUGGCCUAGGCCGGAAGUUGGGUUUGUCAAGAGAUGUGGGCGGUGGACAAGGUUCUUUGAGUCCUCAAGAUGGUGGUAUCUCAUCAGACUGUUUUCAAAUGCUCUACUUCGUGUUUUGUGACUUUAUUUACCGUGAUCUGAUUUAUACGUUUAGAAUUGACGAUCUCAGAAUGGCGCAAGACGUUGGCGCUGAAGUUUGGGAAGUAACC